AAUCGGUAACAUUCUGGUGCCGCCGAUUGGGGGAGGCCCAACGCGGAAGAAAAGAUGACGACGAUCCGCAGAUUCUGCUGCGACGACCUCCUCCGCUUCGCGUCCGUCAAUCUCGACCACCUUACCGAAACCUUCAACAUGUCGUUCUACAUGACCUACUUGGCGAGAUGGCCCGAUUACUUCCACGUCGCCGAAGGUCCCGGCAACCGAAUCAUGGGUUACAUUAUGGGAAAAGUUGAAGGGCAGGGUGAAUCUUGGCAUGGGCACGUAACUGCUGUAACUGUUGCUCCAGAGUAUCGGAGGCAACAGGUGGCCAAGAAACUGAUGAAUCUGCUGGAAGAUAAUAGUGACAAGAUUGAUAAGGCUUACUUUGUUGAUCUGUUUGUGCGAGCAUCAAACACUCCAGCCAUAAAGAUGUAUGAAAAGCUAGGAUACGUAAUUUAUAGAAGGGUGCUACGCUAUUAUUCUGGUGAAGAAGAUGCUUUAGAUAUGAGAAAAGCAUUGUCUCGGGACGUCGAGAAGAAGUCCGUCAUUCCCCUCAAACGGCCAAUAACUCCCGAUGAGCUGGAGUACGACUAGAGAUGUCCAUCUUACUCGCAGACGAGGACGAUGCGUUAGUAUUGCUCCCCCUCUGUGGUUGGUUGCAGGACCAUUCCUGUUCGCAUGGACACGAUCGAAACUGUAUCCCUGCUCCUAUUCGUUGAACAUGUCGAUGUGAUUUUCAAACGUGUCUUGAAGAUGAGACAUUUUUUAUCUGAAA